UGCAACCGGCUGCAGUGGUGUGCAAUCACUGCAACCUGCUGUCAAGUUCAAGAGUGGCCACGCGGCCCGAAGACAGGCAGAAUAGCCGCAGCCCUCGCCUCGAGCGCACGCGAAAAACAUUCCCAACGAACGCCGGAGUUUCAAAUACACGAGUGUUUUCAAAUUUCGAACCGAUUUGAAUUUUGAAUCAGUGCUUUUGAUUUUUUUUUUCAACUCAUCCAGCCAGUUCGCCGACCGGUCAGCCAUGCGGAACCUCUUAAGGGUAUCGGCAUUCCUGCUACUAGUCGCAGCGACAUGCUGCGUCCCCGCCCCGGCCUUGCGGCGCGACAACAGCCUCACGGUCGACGACAAGAAGGAACAGACCACACACGAACUGCUCAGCUCUCUAGGCCUCAAGAAACUCAUGGUGCCCGCCGCCCAUCACAGGAAACGAGUCGCCGAACAAGGCAGGCGGCACGCCACGGGAGACUCCAGAAUGUUCGUCAUCAAACUACCACCGAACACCAGCUACUAUACCCACGCUGACCCCGCCCCAGCAGCAGCCAGAACCCUACCUCUUCAAAUGACUGGCAACGGCAAACCAGCUCGAGUAUACCAUUGGAACCUCCCCGUCCUCCACAAACUAGCUAAAGACAGACCACAGGCACGGUUCGACGAUGACGUCGUCGACGUCGAAAGCACUCCGACGUGGCCCAAAGGCAUGAACAACCAUCCGAACUCAUUAGACUCUUUAGCGUACUAUGUUCCCGACAAGAAAACCUCGUUCAGAAAAUACUUCUCAGGAAACGGGAAGCCCAAGUCGUUCUACGUCCUGCAGAAAAACAAGAAUUCGGCGCAGUACCAUAGACUACUGCCAUAAUUCGUUGGUUUAUCUAUUUUUUUUAUAGGUGAUCUGAAAACGGAUGAAACUGAACGCAUCUACAAUGUAGACGUUUGCUAG